AUGACUUCUGUUCCGGAAAAUGUAAUUUUAAACUUUUCAAUACGGUUUUUGAAAGCUGUACUUGUGGUAUUUUCGGUUAGUAUUUUAUUGAUUUUGAUAUGUUUUUCAAAUACAAUAUUUUCCCAAGAAGAUUUUUUCGAAAUAACUACACCGGCUUCUAUUGAAAUUCUUGCUGUAGAAACAAUGCCAGAAACAUCCACAAGCAGCUUUCACCUCAGCAGCACAGCUGCUCCAGCUCCGCAUAGUCAGGACUACCAGAUAUUCCCUCAAAACUCAUCUGACUGUCCCUUUGAAGAGUGGAACCAGAUCAGAACAGAGUCCAUUCCGAACACAGAAUUACAUAAGAAAUGGUUGGAAAAAUGGAAAUCUUCUUUCAAAUAUUUAUAUCACAAAUUGCCUUCUGUGUUUGCAGCGUUUGUACAUGAAGAGCAGAUUAUUGUAACUCUUACUUCUGAAAAUCAAGUGAACAAAACUGUGUACUGCCGUUACUUCGACUGCCGGCGGAGAGAAAUAGUGGACCCUUUCAAAAGUUUUAUUUUCACAACGGGAACGGUAUUUUGUGCACGACGUCCCGGUGCAAAGUUCAUCACAGUUUCAAAAUCUUUAAAUGAAACACUUGAAUAUCCCGUUCCAAUUGUUCCGAGAUUAGACAGUUUUAAUUUUUAAAAUUGUCAUGAGUUUGAACUAAUUUCAGAGCCACCUCACUACUUCACAGUUUGCAUGGCAACACUCUAUGGGAGCGAGCCAAAAUUUCUGCAAAUCGUAGAUUUCAUUGAAUACCAUAAGCUUCAAGGAGCCACAUUUUUUCAUGUAUAUGUGAAAAAUGUUUCCAAUUAUGAUAGGAUGUUAUUGGACAGUUACAUUAAAACCGGGGAAAUUGAAAUAAUCACAUUGAAUGAUCAUUUCUGGAGAGCCGAUUAUAUGUGGCACAAUGGGCAAAUUAAUGAUUGCCACCACCGAAGCAAGUAUUUCUCGAAAUGGACAGCAUUUAUAGAUAUUGAUGAGCGGCUGGAAAUGAACAAUAACAAAUUCACAAGAGUCGCUGUUUAUUUGGACACAAUCCAAGACUCUUUCAUAGCAAAUCUUCAUUUCCGCGUUAAGUGGGUCAUGAAGCACAAAUAUACACCGGAGAGAUACAAAACUGAGGCGCAGCUGAAAAGGGAGAUGCUCUUCCACAAGUACCAGAACAUAUCUCAAAUCGGUGCGAUUUGGGACCAACCAAAGUGUAUAAUUCGCCCGGAAAACGUCGGGAUAAUGUCUAUUCACGGACCUCGAGAGAUGUAUGAAGGUGAACAAAUUACACUGGUGGAAGAGGACACUGGCUUUAUCAGACACUAUCGGAACGUCGAGCAGAAGAUAUUCCGAGGGGCUCUGAAAAUAAUGAUGUCACAUGCUCCGUUCAAUUUUUCUUCGAUUGAUGGUGGUGUGAAGAAAGUGCUCACGAAUAAUAUUAUUAAACGAGUCAAAUGGGUUUAUGAUAUCAAGCAACCAACGUGCCAGGAGAAAGUGAAAAUGAUUAACAUUGAGUCUAAAGUGGCACCCUGUGAUAAUUCAACAUUGCGGAUGGCAUAAAU